UAACCUCAAACUACUUGGAGGUGUGUCUGCACAGCACCGCCUUCUCACUGCCCUUUUUUGUUAGUUCUUUGUAUUUCUGUUUCUCUUUUCUGGUAAAACCAUAGAUCAAACAUGGCCGAAGGUCGUAAGGGAAGUGAUUCUAGCAUGCCUGAUGAUUACAUACCUCCAAACACACCGCCCCAAUGUACCUGGAAGGCAGGGGCCAAGCAGGAAACCCCUCACCGUUGUAUCCCUGUGUAUCAGCCUGAUCGUAAAUCCACCUCUAUCCUUCCUACUGCAGUGGAGGCAGUUGGAGAUACUCCGAUGAUAAGAUUGGACAAGAUUGCUAAAAGCGAAGGCCUUGAAUGCGAACUUUUGGCUAAAUGUGAGUAUUUUAAUCCUGGUGGGUCGGUCAAGGAUAGAAUUGGCGUGAGGAUGAUUGAAGAGGCAGAGAAAGAUGGACUCCUUAAACCAGGUGACACCAUCAUUGAGCCUACUUCUGGUAACACAGGUAUUGGGUUAGCUCUGACAGCUGCUGUCAAAGGGUAUCGGUGUAUUGUUGUAAUGCCAGAGAAGAUGAGCAACGAGAAAGUUUAUGUACUGAAAGCACUUGGAGCCGAAAUAGUCCGCACUCCAACAACAGCUGCUUACAAUUCUGCUGAAUCACACAUUGGCGUUGCCUGGAGAUUAAAGAAAGAGAUACCCAAUUCACAUAUACUGGACCAGUAUCGCCACCGUGGUAAUCCUUUGGCUCAUUAUGACUGCACAGCUGAAGAGAUUAUAAGGCAGUGUAAUGGUCAGUUGGAUAUGGUUAUCAUUGGUGCCGGUACUGGAGGCACUGUUACAGGUAUUGGUAGGAAAAUGAAGGAAAAGAUGCCAAACGUUGAAGUCAUUGGUGUCGAUCCUAUUGGUUCUAUUUUGGCCGAACCUGAGGAACUCAAUGACACAACUGCCUCAACGUAUCAGGUUGAAGGCAUAGGGUAUGACUUUAUACCGACAGUUCUUGACAGAUCAGUAGUUGACAAAUGGUGUAAAACUGGUGAUGAAGAGAGCUUCAAAUAUGCCAGACAGCUCAUAAGGGAAGAAGGACUUCUUUGUGGUGGAUCCAGUGGUACUGCUGUUGCAGCUGCUGUUAAGGUGGCUAAGAAACUUAAGAAGGGACAGCGCUGUGUUGUUAUACUGCCAGACUCCAUUAGGAAUUAUAUGACUAAGUUUGUUAGUGAUGACUGGAUGGUUGAUCAUGGAUUUAUGGAGUCAGCAGUAGCAGAGGAAGACAAAUGGUGGUGGAACAAACCAGUCAGUGUACUAGAGCUAUUGACACCAGUAACAGUUCAGAGUGAUGUUACCUGUAGUGAUGCCAUUAAGACACUUGGAGCUGGACAAUUGGAUCAAGUACCAGUUGUUAACAAAGAUGGUGAUGUAAUUGGAGUGAUCACACUCACUAACUUGAGUUCUAAGAUGCUGAAAGGUUCUGUUAAAAAGAAUGACAGCGUCAUGAAAGCUCUCUACAAGCAAUUUGAAAUGAUGGAUGUCAUGACAACUACAUUGGGCAAUUUAUCAAGGAUCCUUAACCGUGAUCAUUUUGCUAUUUUAACGCGUACAGAACACCGCACUACUAGUGAAGGUGGAGUACAGAAGAAGCUACACAUUCAUGGGAUAGUCACUCGUAUUGACAUACUCACAUAUGUCACACAGAAUGAACCUCAAUGAGUUUGCUGACAUAAACUGGGGGAGGGAGCACUGGUUAUUAUAGUCUUCAUUUAAAUACAGUCAUUAAAUUUAUCAUUCAAAAAAUAAUAGUAA